GUUCACUCACUGGCGUCAGGGUUUAAUAAAGUUGCUCGAGUUUCAUAGCGGAUCUCGAACAUGUAGCUAGCUAGCUAAAAUGCUUGCAAUGAAUGUACCAUAUUUGAGACGUUCCGCAAUAAUGAUUUUAACUGCACCAUUAACAGCCACACAUGUUUCACCAACCUUGCACUUUGCUCAAUAUACCAAGGUUGGACGGGUGAAGAAGCUGAAGCCAUCAGGCAACGAAACGACGGCGUCACCCCCUUCUUCAUUGACUCCGGAACAGCUGGCCCAAAUCGGCAAAAACAAGCAAGCAGCGCUGGAGAAACUGUGCGCCAGUAACGCACCGGAUGAAUUUGGGGAGAGUUGGCGAAAGGGUUUGGGCUCUGAGUUUGGAAAGCCUUAUUUCAGAAACGUAAGAUGACAGUCUACACACACAUGGCUACAUCAUACAGGUUAUCAGAAAUGUGCAUAAUCUAAUUCCCUUCCUUCUUACUGUUACAGUUGAUGUCCUUCGUUGAUGGAGAGAGGAAACGGAACACUGUCUACCCACCCCCUCAGCAUGUUUUCACCUGGACACAGAUGUGUGACAUCCAAGAUGUAAGUUUAGGUUUUUGACAACAAUGGCACAUGUACAGUUUUUCAUAUUAAUGUAAUGUACAGUAUGAGCCAACUCAUAAGGUUAGGCUGUACAAGUUAGCUCCAGGGGGAAGAACCACUUCACUUCCCAUUAUGAUCAGCGCUAUUUCUCCUUGGUACAGGUCAAGGUUGUAGUCCUCGGCCAGGACCCAUAUCACGGUCCAAACCAAGCCCAUGGAUUAUGCUUCAGUGUGCAGAGACCUAUCCCACCUCCACCCAGGUAGCCUACAGUAUUAUUACGUUGUAGACCAUGUUGAACAUAUCCAGGCAAGGGGAAUAUGUUUCCUGCAAUAAAAUGUAUGGUGUAAUACAUACAUUACCUUUAGAAAUUGAUUUAAUUGUCGUUUUUUUGUCAAUGAUCUACACAAAAUACUUGAAUGUCAAAGUGGAAGAAAAAUUCUAACAUCUGUAAAAAAAAAAUUAUGAAAAAUAAAACAUCUUGAUUAGAUAAGUAUUCAACCUCCUGGGUCAAUACAUGUUAGAAUCACCUUUGGCAGCGAUUACAGCUGUGAGUCUUUCUGGCUAAGUCUCUAAGAGCUUUGCACACCUGGAUUGUACAAUGUGCAGGUUUCUUAUUUUUUCUCACAUUAUUCUUUGUAAAAUGCUUCAAGCUCUGUCAAGUUGGUUUUUGAUCAUUGCAAGACAGCCAUUUUCAAGUAUUGCCAUAGAUCAGGGUUCUUCAAUUCCGGUCCUGGAGGGCCGAAACACCUGUUUUUUAUCCUCUCCAUCUAAAUCAGGGGCUAAUUCAGACCUGGGACACCAGGUGAGUGCAAUUAACUACCAGGAAGAAAUAAAAAACAGAAGAGUUUCGGCCCUCCAGGACCGGAAUUGAAGAACCCUGUCAUAGAUUUUCAAGCCAAUUUUAAGUCAAAACUGUAACUAGGCCAUUCAGGAACAUUCAAUGUCGUCUUGGUAAGCAACUCCAGUGUAUAUUUGGCCUUGUGUUUUAGGAAAGCAGACUGAACCAGGGUUUCCUCUAGGAUUUUGCCUGUGCUUAGCUCUAUUCCGUUUCUUUUGAUUUAAAACUCCCUAGGCCUUGUCGAUGACGAGCAUACCCAUAACAUGAUGCAGCCACCACCAUGCUUGAAAAUAUGAAGAGUGGUACUCAGUGAUGUGUUGUGUUCAUGGCAUAACAUUUACAUUUUGGUCCACCAGCCACUGUGGCAGGUAGAUUAAAAAACUUUCCAGACAGUCAGAUUUUUUACCAGCCAAAAUAUUUUUCCCUGUUAAACUUACACCAACAAAAUACAAAAUAACUUAUGAGCAUGGUUUGUCAUGUUUCUAAAACGAUAAAUGCAUUACUAGUAAGAAGUAAUGUGGUAUAUUGUUUAAUUUCCUUUUUUGUGACCUGAGUGUUUUUAUUUUACCCCCUUUUUCUCCCCAAUUUCAUGAUAUCCAAUCUCAUCACUGCAACUCCCCAAUGGGCUCAGGAGAGGUGAAGGUCAAGUCCUCUGAAAGUUGACCCGCCAAACCGCGCUUCUUAACACCCGCCCGCUUAACCCGGAAGUCAGCUGCACCAAUGUGUCAGAGGAAACCCCAUUCAACUGACAACUGAAGUCAGCCUGCAGGCACCCGGCCCACCACAAGGAGUCGCUAGAGCACGAUGAGCCAAGUAAAGCCCCCCCGGCCAAACCCGUACAAUUGUGCGCCGCCCUAUGGGACUCCCGGUCACGGCCGGUUGUGACACAGCCUGGGAUAAAACCUGGGUCUGUAGUGACGCCUCAAACACUGCGAUGCAGUGCCUUCGACCGCUGCGCCACUCGGGAGGCCCUGUGACCUGAGUCUUUUAACCAAAAUAUCAGAUGAGACAAAAAAUGUCACCUACCGGGCGGGAGGUUACUGUGGUAGCUCAAGUCAUGUUUGUGCCUGUCAGAUUGAGUGAAUCUUUCACUCAGCUCUUUACGUGCGCACAGUCCCCAGCCAGGCAGUGUUGCAGCGUGAGGUGGAAUAGGCUAUAUAAGAUUCGUAGUUCUUUGACUUUGAGCGAUUUAAUUUACCAGCUAUGAAACAAAACAGCAGAAAUACUUUGAAGACAGCUACUGCAGCAUUUAUUUGACUAUAAAUGUGAUCAUACUUGACUAUUUUUAUUCAUGAAUGUGAGUGAAAUGGUCGCACUUUUGAGCCCUGACCACCCGCCAACGUGGCUGAUGAAAUAGACAUCAUACAAGCCAAUACCAAAAUCUACCCUCAUUUGGCCGGUGGAUUUAGUCAGCCACCAAUUGUGCAAGUUCUCCCACUUAAAAAGAUGAGAGAGGCCUGUAAUUUUCAUCAUAGGUACACGUCAACUAUGACAGACAAAUUGAGGGAAAAAAUCCAGAAAAUCACAUUGUAGGAUUUUUAAUGAAUUUAUUUGCAAAUUAUGGUGGAAAAUAAGUAUUUGGUCACCUACAAACAAGCAAGAUUUCUGGCUCUCACAGACCUGUAACUUCUUCUUUAAGAGGCUCCUCUGUCCUCCACUCGUUACCUGUAUUAAUGGCACCUGUUUGAACUUAUCAGUAUAAAAGACACCUGUCCACAACCUCAAACAGUCACACUCCAAACUCCACUAUGGCCAAUACCAAAGAGCUGUCAAAGGACACCAGAAACAAAAUUGUAGACCUGCACCAGGCUGGGAAGACUGAAUCUGCAAUAGGUAAGCAGCUUGGUUUGAAGAAAUCAACUGUGGGAGCAAUUAUUAGGAAAUGGAAGACAUACAAGACCACUGAUAAUCUCCCUCAAUCUGGGGCUCCACGCAAGAUCUCACCCCGUGGGGUCAAAAUGAUCACAAGAACGGUGAGCAAAAAUCCCAGAACCACACAGGGGGACCUAGUGAAUGACCUGCAGAGAGCUGGGACCAAAGUAACAAAGCCUACCAUCAGUAACACACUACGCUGCCAGGGACUCAAAUCCUGCAGUGCAAGACGUGUCCCCCUGCUUAAGCCCGUACAUGUCCAGGCCUGUCUGAAGUUUGCUAGAGUGCAUUUGGAUGAUCCAGAAGAGGAUUGGGAGAAUGUCAUAUGGUCAGAUGAAACUAAAAUAGAACUUUUUGGUAAAAACUCAACUCGUCGUGUUUGGAGGACAAAGAAUGCUGAGUUGCAUCCAAAGAACACCAUACCUACUGUGAAGCAUGGGGGUGGAUACAUCAUGCUUUGGGGCUGUUUUUCUGCAAAGGGACCAGGACGACUGAUCUGUGUAAAGGAAAGAAUGAAUGGGCCCAUGUAUCGUGAGAUUUUGAGUGAAAACCUCCUUCCAUCAGCAAGGGCAUUGAAGAUGAAACGUGGCUGGGUCUUUCAGCAUGACAAUGAUCCCAAACACACCGCCCAGGCAACGAAGGAGUGGCUUCGUAAGAAGCAUUUCAAGGUCCUGGAGUGGCCUAGCCAGUCUCCAGAUCUCAACCCCAUAGAAAAUCUUUGGAGGGAGUUGAAAGUCCGUGUUGCCCAGCGACAGCCCCAAAACAUCACUGCUCUAGAGGAGAUCUGCAUGGAGGAAUGGGCCAAAAUACCAGCAACAGUGUGUGAAAACCUUGUGAAGACUUACAGAAAACGUUUGACCUGUGUCAUUGCCAACAAAGGGUAUAUAACAAAGUAUUGAGAAACUUUUUUUAUUGACCAAAUACUUAUUUUCCACCAUAAUUUGCAAAUAAAUUCAUUAAAAAUCCUACAAUGUGAUUUUUUUUUUCUCAUUUUGUUUGUCAUAGUUGACGUGUACCUAUGAUGAAAAUUACAGGCCUCUCUCAUCUUUUUAAGUGGGAGAACUUGCACAAUUGGUGGCUGACUAAAUACUUUUUCCCCCCACUGUAUAUGGGAUGGCUGUCAAUCCUUUGGUCCUUAAAUGAAACUGGUAUACUUUUUUAUUUAUCACAGUUUUCUUUAACCAAUUGUGUUCUUUAAUGCAAGGCCAACAGACAAGUUCCUUACGUUCUUCCACUUUCCUCUUCCAUUUUUGCAGUUUUACUUUAGUGCCUUAUUGCAAACAGGAUACAUUUUUAGGAAAUGUUUUAUUCUGUGCAGGCUAACUUAUUUUCACUGUCAAUUAGGUUAGUAUUGUGGAGUAACUACAAUGUUGUUGAUCCAUCCUCAGUUUUUUCCUAUCACAGCCAUUAAACUCUGUUACUGUUUUAAAGUCACCAUUGGCCUCAUGGUGAAAUCCUUGAGCGGUUUCCUUCCUCUCCGGCAACUGAGUUAGGAAGGACGCCUGUAUCUUUGUAGUGACUGGGUGUAUUGAUACCAGUGGAGGCUGCUGAGGGGAGGAUGACUCAUAAUAAUGGCUGGAAUGGAGUAAAUGUGGAAUGGCAUUUGAUACCAUUCCACUAAUUCCACUCCAGCCAUUACCACGAGCCCGUCCUCCCCAAUUAAGGUGACACCAACCUCCUGUGAUUGAUACACCAUCCAAAGUGUAAUUAAUAACUUCACCAUGCUCAGAGGGAUAUUCAAUGUCUGGGUUUUUUCUUCUUACCCAUCUACCAAUAGGUGCCAUUUGUGAGGCAUUGGAAAACCUCCCUGGUCUUUGUGGUUGAAUCUGUGUUUGAAAUUCACUGCUCGACUGAGGGACCUUAGGUCAUUGUAUGUGGGAUACAGCGAUGAGGUAGUCAUUCAAAAAUCAUGUUAAACACUAUUAUUGCACACAUUCCAUUUCACUUAUUAUGUGACUUGUUAAGCACAUUUCUACUCCUGAACUUACUUAGGCUUGCCAUAACAAAGGAGUUGAAUACUUAUUGACUCAAGACAUUUCAGCUUUUCAUUUGUAAUUAAUUUGUAAAAAAUUAAUAAAUCGAAAAACAUCAUUCCACUUUGGCAUUAUGGGGUAUUUUGUGUAGGCCAGUGUAAAAAAAAUCUACAUUUAUUUAAAUUCAGGCUGUAACACAACAAAAUGUAGAGAAAGUCAAGGGGUGUGAAUACUUUCUGAAGGCACUGUACAUUUGUAUCUGUGUGGAGGACAGUUAGCUUUUUUUGCCUUUUUAUUCGGUAUUGUAUUUUGUUUUUCAUGUCAUUGACACAGUUGCCACAUCCUCAAAUGUAGAGCCUCUUAUUUUUUCAGCUUGGUGAAUAUGUAUAAAGAAUUGGCGUCUGAUAUAGAGGGCUUCCAGCACCCUGGACAUGGAGAUCUGACUGGAUGGGCUAAACAAGGUACUGUAGGCACAAUAGUCUAGAACACACGUGUCUAACUCCAGUCCUCGAGGGCAUAGUGUAUGCAAGUUUUCGCUCCUCCCUUCUACUUUACUGAUCAGUUAAAGUCAUUGAUUAGUUAGGAACUCCCUUUGCCUGGUUGUCUAGGUCUUAAGUGGACACUAAUUGAAAGGAAAUAAAGAAAGCCAGCAGAGACACUGCCCUCGAGGAAUUGAGUUUGACUAUGGCUGGGAGGGAUACCGUAUUUUACGAUAUACCGGUAUUAAUGCACGGACCAGUUUGGAUUUCACUUUACUUUCUAUAACGUUAUUUAAAUGUUAUUUUGUUAUAUGAAAAUCAUUUUCUUUUAGGGGGUUUCAAUGUUUUUUGUGGAAAUGUGAUACUCUACUCCACCUUGUGUAGCGUCUUUCUCCUCUCCCACUCUCUCUCAUGCCGCUUUCCACACAAACCAAGCCCUGCCCUGUCACUCCAGGGGCCUCAUGUACAAAGACUUGCGUUGAAUUCAUACUAAAACAUUGCGUACGGACAAAGCCAUAAAUGUGCGUACGCACCAAAAAAAUCUGAUGUAUGAAUCUCUGCGUACGCAGCAUUCCACAUACAUUCUCUUUGUACAUCCCAAUCAACGCGAAAUUGAGCGCUCAUGCACGAGCACCACACCACACCCUGUCUCCUCCCUCAAUUAAAUCAAUUUAAAUAUGGUAAUUAGUCCAAUUUGGCAAAAGAAACCUGCAAGAACAUGGCUAAAGCAAGCAAGAAACGAAAUUUCACUGAAAACGAAUUAGAGGUGUUACUAUCAGAGGUAGAAACAAGAAAAAAUAUUUUAUUUGGAAAUCUGUCCUCUGGAAUUAAUAACAAAAGAAAGAAAAAAGAGUGGGCGAGUUUGUCUGAUGCCAUCAACGCGGUGGGAUCUGAGAGUCGCACCGUAAAUGAACUGAAGAAGAAAUGGUCAGACAUAAAGGUGGAAGUUAAGCGGAGAACUGCUGCGCACCGACAAAGUGUGGGCAGAACAGGCGGUGGUACAGGGACCGAUGAACUUGCACCCUUUGAUCAGAGAGUUGCCUCUAUUGUAGGAGACACGUUAAUCUCUGGAAUCGUAUCCGCUGAUGUAGGAGACUCGGAUAUACUACAGGACUGCCAGCAAGGUGACUCAGAUUUAUUUCCUUAACUUUGAUAUACAUAGCCAGCCACCGUUUAAUUUUAAAAUGCAUGCAAUAUAGCAAAAGGUACACCAGAGAUUUCACGUAUCCACUGCUUUUAUUGCAAAUGCGUGUACCCAUUAAUAAGGAACAGACUCAAAUUACUGUUAAGAUGUGCCUGUGUUUAAUUGGACUUAGGAACCGCAGGAACGUCCACUGGCACGCACUCAGAGUCCGCACCACCUGAGCAGCCAGAGCCCAUUCAGUCCAGCGUCUCCCGUGUCUCUAAUGUUCCCCCCAGUGCUGAAGCCCGGCCAUCUGGCCGUGUCUUGACGCAUGCUGUUCUGGAGUCACAACAACAAAUUGUUAGGACCAUUGAAGAAAUGAACAGUCACCUUAAAAAUGUCACUGACGCACUCACAGAAAUAAGCCAUUCAUUAAAAGAAUUGGUCAUGAACUUUGUGUCUGAGUAGUACUCAGUGAGUACCAUUUAUAUUGUCGCAAUUACACGUUGACGGGCCUGAAUGGCUUGUUGAUUGUGCUGCACAUAUACUGGUCCUGGGUCAGGGUCAUCUGGCGGUGCCCCCACCUCACCAAGGGGUAUGCCAUGCCUGUGCGCGACAUUGUGCAGCACUCCACAGGCCAGUAUGAUGCGGCAAACCUUGUCAGGGCGGUAUAACAGCAUCCCCCCGGUCCUGUCAAGGCAGCGCUACCGACAUUUCAGCUGCCCAAUCGCCCGCUCCACAACUGACCGAGUGCGGGAAUGGGCAUCAUUGUAUCUGCGCUCUCGGUCAGUUUGUGGGUUGGUGAGGGGGGUUAACAGCCACGUCUUUAGUGGAUAACCACUGUCUCCUGAUGGGCAGUAAUAAUAAUUACAGACACAAACAUUUUACUUUUAGAUAGAACCAUACAUUUAAAUGCAUAACUUACCAAGUAGCCACCCAUCACGCACCCUGCCAGCUUGGAGUCUCAUCCCAACCAUGCUGUUUGUAAGGAUAUAUGAAUCAUGGGUUGAACCAGGCCACCUUGCCACAAUAUUUGUUAGGCGCAUUUGUGCAUCACAUAUAAUCUGCACAUUUAUUGAAUGGAAAUGUUUCCGAUUCACAUAUGCAAAUUCGUCUUCAGAUGGCGCCUUUAUAGCAAUAUGUGUGCAGUCGAUCGCUCCGAUUACAUUAGGAAAACCGGCUAUCGCUGCAAAUUGCGCUUUGAUGUUUGGCUGGUCACCUGCAUCGUAUGGGAACGUUAUAUACCUGGUAGACAAGCGGAUGAUGCCGUCCCAUACAGGUGGCAUUGCACGGCUCAAACACGACUGGCUUAUUCCUGAGCGGUCUGCCAGUUCUCUUUGGAAAGAACCAGUUGCUAGGAAACCAAGUGUAGUAAGCACCUGUAAAGGAAUGAUUUGCCAUAUUAUUGUCACACGAGUCUUAUUAGAAUAUUCUAUUAAUUAUGCAAUUAAGUAAGAACAUAUACAGUGGGGAAAAAAAGUAUUUAGUCAGCCACCAAUUGUGCAAGUUCUCCCACUUAAAAAGAUGAGAGAGGCCUGUCAUUUUCAUCAUAGGUACACGUCAACUAUGACAGACAAAAUGAGGAAAGAAAAUCCAGAAAAUCACAUUGUAGGAUUUUUAAUGAAUUUAUUUGCAAAUUAUGGUGGAAAAUAAGUAUUUGGUCAAUAAAAAAAGUUUCUCAAUACUUUGUUAUAUACCCUUUGUUGGCAAUGACACAGGUCAAACGUUUUCUGUAAGUCUUCACAAGGUUUUCACACACUGUUGCUGGUAUUUUGGUCCAUUCCUCCAUGCAGAUCUCCUCUAGAGCAGUGAUGUUUUGGGGCUGUCGCUGGGCAACACGGACUUUCAACUCCCUCCACAGAUUUUCUAUGGGGUUGAGAUCUGGAGACUGGCUAGGCCACUCCAGGACCUUGAAAUGCUUCUUACGAAGCUACUCCUUCGUUGCCCGGGCGGUGUGUUUAGGAUCAUUGUCAUGCUGAAAGACCCAGCCACGUUUCAUCUUCAAUGCCCUUGCUGAUGGAAGGAGGUUUUCAUUCAAAAUCGCACGAUACAUGGCCCCAUUCAUUCUUUCCUUUACACGGAUCAGUCGUCCUGGUCCCUUUGCAGAAAAACAGCCCCAAAGCAUGAUUUUUCCACCCCCAUGCUUCACAGUAGGUAUGGUGUUCUUUGGAUAGGUAUGGCAUUAUUUUUCCUCCAAACACGACGAGUUGAGUUUUUACCAAAAAGUUAUAUUUUGGUUUCAUCUGACCAUAUGACAUUCUCCCAAUACUCUCUGGAUCAUCCAAAUGCACUCUAGCAAACUUCAGACGGGCCUGGACAUGUACUGGCUUACCAGGGGGACACGUCUUGCACUGCAGGAUUUGAGUCCCUGGCGGCGUAGUGUGUUACUGAUGGUAGGCUUUGUUACUUUGGUCCCAGCUCUCUGCAGGUCAUUCACUAGGUCCCCCGUGUGGUUCUGGGAUUUUUGCUCACCGUUCUUGUGAUCAUUUUGACCCCACAGGGUGAGAUCUUGCAUGGAGCCCCCGAUCGAGGGAGAUUAUCAGUGGUCUUGUAUGUCUUCCAUUUCCUAAUAAUUGCUCCCACAGUUGAUUUCUUCAAACCAAGCUGCUUACCUAUUGCAGAUUCAGUCUUCCCAGCCUGGUGCAGGUCUACAAUUUUGUUUCUGGUGUCCUUUGACAGCUCUUUGGUCUUUGCCUUAGCGGAGUUUGGAGUGUGACUGUUUGAGGUUGUGGACAGGUGUCUUUUAUACUGAUAACAAGUUCAAACAGGUGCCAUUAAUACAGGUAACGAGUGGAGGACAGAGGAGCCUCUUAAAGAAGAAGUUACAGGUCUGUGAGAGCCAGAAAUCUUGCUUGUUUGUAGGUGACCAAAUACUUAUUUUCCACCAUAAUUUGCAAAUAAAUUCAUUAAAAAAUCCUACAAUGGGAUUUUCUGGAUUUUUUUCCCUCAAUUUGUCUGUCAUAGUUGACGUGUACCUAUGAUGAAAAUUACAGGCCUCUCUCAUCUUUUUAAGUGGGAGAACUUGCACAAUUGGUGGCUGACUAAAUACUUUUUUUCCCCACUGUAUAAAGGAUGUGAAAAUUGAUACAACCCGUCUAGCAAUGGCAGCUUUGGCUUUAUUAGAAGACAUUUUCAAUGGACAAAUCCGGAGAGAACAAGUUUUUAGGGACCACGGUGAUUUUCUGGCCCAGAAAAGGUGAUGACUGGCUCCUCACUGUCUCUCUUUCCAAAUUCGGACCCAACUCAGCGCAGAGCUCCAAGAGUAUAGCCCUUGGAAAUCUGAAACGGCUGAUGAGCCAGUCAUCGUCGUGGGCCAGAAAAUCACCGUGGUCCCUAAAAACUCGUUCUCUCCGGAUUUGUCCAUUGAAAAUGUCUUCUAAUAAAGCCAAAGCUGCCAUUGCUAGACGGGUUGUAUCAAUUUUCACAUCCUUUAUAUAUGUUCUUACUUAAUUGCAUAAUUAAUAGAAUAUUCUAAUAAGACUCGUGUGACAAUAAUAUGGCAAAUCAUUUAUCAAUUACAAAUUAUAAGCAAUAUCUGGCAGGUGCGAUAGAACAGUUCGUAGUGUAAUGUUUGCCACUUCACUUUAUUGCCUCUAUGAGUCGCCAACGGACAAACAUCACAAAAAUGUACGUACGCCAGGCCUGAAGUUUACGUGGAAGAACGCACAUUCUUACGUUAAUUUCACUGUUAGUACAUCUGACCGUGAACGUGAAAGCUGGCGUACGCCGUGUUUUCGUGCGUACGCAAGAUUGAUACAUGAGGCCCCAGGAGUGCAGUUGUUUGCGUUCAGUCUGCAUGGUCAAUGCUGCACAUGCGACAAGAUGUAGAUGAUAAUGAUGCUGGUUUCCACUUUGCUUCUUAAUAUAUUCCACAAGCGUUCUAUAAUUACACAAUUAGUUUGUAUCUUAAUGUCUGCAACUUCUUAGCAAGUUGUGGCUAAAAUAAAUCAUUUUAGCCUCUAAUGCAAAUAGCUAAUUAGCUGGCUAGGUAGCUAGCUAAUAAAUGUACUGAGUCAGAGCAAACGUAGCUAGCUAAUAUAGCCUGAUACCAUUGAUGGUGUAGACCUAAAUCAGCAUGUUGUUUGUGCAACAGUAUCUUCUAAAUCAAAGAGUUAUAUGUGAAGCAUGAAUGUUCUUCUUUCAAUUUGUAUUGGUGGAUCGCAACCAACUGAAAGGUGCGUGCACAGCCACCUACUGUACUGGACUGUGAAGCCGGUUAUGGCCUCCCCAUUAAUAUAUUUCUCUUAUCUAGCCCUGUGUUUCCACCUACUGUUCUGGAGUGUGAAUUCAUUACACUUUGACACAAAAAGGAAAGGGGAAAAGUAUGGGGAAAAGGGAAGAAAAAUUGCCCUACCAACUAACACUACACCCAUUAAAACCUCAUCACUAUUCCACUACUUGGCCCUAUCUGAUCCUACACCAGGUCGACAGCCUGGGAGGACAGGACACUAUCAUUCAACACACCUUGUAACAUCCUCUGCAGUAAAAUCUUGUACACCCAAGUACUUCUCUGCAGCUGCAACCACAACAUCUAUAUUCUGUGAUUUAUGUUCCAUUUCUGCAGUACAGUUGAUAACCAUGGCUAUGAACGCUAAGAAGCCAACCUUACUGAAGCAGAUGUUAUUUCUAUUACUCUCCAUUGGCCUCAGCUUACUCUCAGGGAACCUCUUAGGAUCACUCGCCCUGGACCCAUCUUCCUCUACAACUCUCUUCACAGCCUCAGCACACGACAUUUACAUUACAUUUUAGUCAUUUAGCAGACGCUCUUAUCCAGAGCGACUUAGUUAGUGAGUGCAUACAUUAUAUUUGUAUUUGAUUUUUUACAUACUGGCCCCCCGUGGGAAUCGAACCCACAACCUUGGCGUUGCAAACGCCAUGCUCUACCAACUGAGCUACAUCCCUGCCGGCCAUUCCCUCCCAUACCCUGGACGACGCUGGGCCAAUUGUGCGCCGCCCCAUGGGUCUCCCUGUCGCGGCCGGCUACGACAGAGCCUGGAUUCGAACCAGGAUCUCUAGUGGCACAGCUAGCACUGCGAUGCAGUGCCUUAGACCACUGCGCCACUCGGGAGGCACCUUCUGUACUACUCUGACCCAGGCAACCUCGACCUGCCUUUCUCUCACCAGACACUUCUGAUCUCCAGAAACAUUAACACACACAGCUUUUUCCACCGAUACUACACAUUCCUUUGUCUCAUGCCCUCCUGCACACUUCUCUAGGAAUCUCCCUCCUACACACUGCUGCAACAUGAUCAUUAGCUUGGCACCUAAAACACUGAUGGGUUCGGGACAAAAGCUCUCACAGGAUAACUGACACAUCCUAACUUGACUUUGUCAGGUAAGGAAUGCAUCAAAACUCAGCAGGACAGAUCGUGUCUUCUCUGUUUCACUACGCUCUCCACCGGGUCUGCGUCGCACCAAAGGCGGUCAUCACAGACACCAGGAAUCUUCCAUUUCAGUUGGUCCUCCUCAACACUUAACGCGACUCAACUUAUCACUCCUUUUAGCGACGCCCUGAGAGCAAAGCAAGUCACAGUUAUUUUCCCGUGGUGCGGAGCGCCCAGUCCUUCUGGACAGACGACACACAAAAAAACAUCGAGUCCACUUUGAGUUACUUUCACAGAUUCAACAGUCCCCAAACUCUUCUCCACCCAACCUGACACCACAUAUGGAUCAGCCAGAAGACAAGGAUCCAUUCUCUCUAAAAAUCUCACUCUCACUGGGCUACAAUGAUCUUUAUCAUCAUCGGGACAAUGCUCGACCUCGGCGGUCUUCACCACAUUUGCCACCGCAGGUAAUUCAUUCUCACUCUCAUCAGCUUCAAUUUCUGAGCUACCGUAGUACUUUUUUUUUUUUUGUGUAAUGACGUCAAUCUUCCUCCCCACACCGCUUCCCUCUACACUCCACUUCUUUCCUUCUUCCUCGCUGUCCAUUUCCACAUCUCCAUACUCUUUCCACUCCUUCAUCCGCUGUAGUAGCAAAUGGUUCUUGAAUUUGUCGCCAUGUCACGUCCGCAUGAAUAGAAGUAGCUACGAAAAAACAUUUAAUGUAGCCAAAGAUUAUAGGGUCCCCUAGGAAACACUGACCAACACGUUGGUUCUUACCCUGUCACAAUAAGUCCUCAAGUGUUUAUCUAAAUCGCAAGUCAAAUCGCAAUUGCAAUAUUUGGUUAAAAAUAAGGUCUAGAUUCUUUGCCCAUAUCAUGCAGCCCUACGUGGCAGUGUGGAAAUUAUCUCAAAUGAGUGCAGGAAAUGCAGAAAUUGAUAAAUGCUUUAUUAUUUUGGGUUGAAGUUUGUUUUACACUGUUUAAAUCAAUCAGAAUGGAGAAUGCCCAUUGAAAUAUCUUAGAAUGUAUGUGUUGCCACCCUAGGGUCAUGCACUACUCAUAAAGCAAAUGUACAUUUUACAUUAUUUAGUCUUUAGAAACGCUCUAUCCAAGCAUUACAUUUGCAUAUCAUACUUUUAAGUUUGCCCCCUGGAAUCAACCACAACUGGCAGUUGAAACGAUGCUCUAUCAAUGAGUACAUCCUGUGCAUAUCCUUAGACUCGUCAUAAUGCCAGGCACAUAGGGCCAAUUGUGCCGAUCGCAUAAGUAUAAGUCAGGUGGGCACUGAUGACUAAGCCUGAUUGAUGCCAGGAUUCAGCAACAGCGUAUAGCUCUCUUGCAGAGUCCUUAGACCAUGCGCAUCAGGCAGUCCGACGUGUACAGUUCAAGUUUGGGCAAUGGUAAUACAGUAUAAAUAUCAGACUCCUGAUGCAAUAUCUUAGGACUGUCAUGAAUGCAGGCACUAUUCAGGAUCAUGCCGAUAUUCAGAACAAGUAAAUUGAAGUAUGGAUUGGGCACUGAUGAACUUCAAUGCCUUGAUGUGCAGUUAUCAGGAGCCAACUGGCGUAAUGCUUCUCUUUCCAGGUGUCUUGUUGCUCAAUGCUGUGCUGACCGUCCGCGCGCACCAGGCCAACUCUCACAAAGACAAGGGCUGGGAAACCUUCACUGACACUGUAGUGCAGUGGCUCAGCACCAACCUGGAGGGCCUCGUCUUCAUGCUGUGGGGGGCCUAUGCUCAGAAGAAGGGAGCAGCUAUUGAUAGGGUUGGUUAAAUGAAUGUAAUAUUGUAUUAAUUAUAUUCUUGACACAUUCCACUGACCUCAGCUUAACGAUCUUUUGUCUUUUCCUCUGUAGAAACGUCACCAUGUCCUCCACACUGUACACCCCUCCCCUUUGUCUGCUCAUCGAGGGUUCUUCGGAUGCAAGCACUUCUCCAAGACCAAUGAGUUGCUGGAGAAAUCAGGGAAAGAGCCCAUAGACUGGAAGGCACUUUGAGAUGUCCCACACAGCCUUAUUUUCAGGGUGUGGAUUCCCAAAUACAACUAACUUGAUUCAUCACUACUGUUACCAAACCAUAAGCUUACGGUAUCAUUUUUGUUAUCAAGUAUCUGGGUGACAUAUGUGAAAAUGUUUACUGCAGUGGAUAAGGCCAUACUAUAUUCCUUUACUGGCAGAUUAUAGUUUUCACUCUGGUUUGCAGUUUGCACCCUUUAAAAUGUCAUUGGAUUUGAUCUACAUUCAAGCUAAGUAAUACCUCAUCAACAAGCAUCACUUUGGUAUGUCAACACAUAGUAGCUACGUCAGGGUUUCCCAAACUCCCCCCUCUGGGUGCCUGUUUUGGUUUUUGCCUA